UUAAUGGAUUGGCUUCCAUUCCUUCCUUGCCUCACCUUCGAUUCCACCUCCGCAUCUAAAAGCAUCCUCAACCAACUACAAUCCCACGACCUCCAGAAACUCGCGCACCCUUUAAUCCCCAAACUCCAAACCUACCAUGGGAGGCUGUGCGAGCAAACCUAAGGAGUUCGACGGCCCUGCCGACGCUCCUAUAAGCUCUGACACCACUGCUCAGAGCAGCACUAACGGAGGUGAGAGUCAGAUUGAGAAACCUGCGGUAGAUGGUUCUGAACCGGAAAAGAAGGCUCAAAUGGCUGUUUCUGCAGAAACAGACGCUGGUAAGAGCGUGAAACCAGCGGAGGAUGACGCUAAAGCCGACGACAAGAAUGCUGAAGAUAAGGUGGAGGCUACCCCAAAACAGGAGGCUGAAGAGCCUGAGCAUAAAUCAAAUGAUGCCCCAAGCAAGGAAGAAGUUAAAAGUGAGGCCCCUCUUGCCUUGCUUUGAUCAUGGAUCAACAAUUCAAGCCUAGUGGGUUUGAUCACGUUUCCAUAAUUAGAAAGGCUUGAAUUUUAUGUUAUAGUAAUAUUUAUCACUUUCAUCAGAUCAGCUUUAUAUUUAUUUGUGGUAAUUAAUAAAUUAUUAUAUCCCUAUUAGAACAA